GUCAUAAAGGUACUGUUCUACCAAUAGAAUCCAAGGUGUUCUAUAUUGCUCCCAUGAAUACUGAAUAACAAUAAAUAGAGAGAGAGCCAGCUUUUGGCAAGAAGAGACAAAUCCUUCAUUGCUGCAGCUGUUGUCCAAUGCAAGCAUCAAAGCAGCACAGAAGUUCAGGUAUGUCGAAACGGUUGCACUAUCAACCGAAGCAAGAAGUAGAAGCCUAUUGCUUGCCUCCAUUCCGGAUCUUGGACCACCAACCAGCAUACAAUGAGAGCAGCCAAAGUACCCACUCCACGGCUCAGAGUUUCCAUGAGAGGUACUGCACAUUGGAGUCAUCCUCAACAAAUGGCAGCUACAACACUCUUUAUACCUCCUCAUCAACUGUCAGUUUCUCACCCAGCGGAAGCCCGAUGUCACAGCAUGAGCAAGAUUCUCAUUACCAGCACCAUUCUCCUGAUCAUAUGUACGGCUCUCCAAUAAGUGGCUCCUGCAUUACUGAUGAUGCAACCGACUUCAAGUACAAGCUAAAAGAACUAGAAACUGCAAUGCUUGGCGAUUCCAAUAUCUUUGACAACUAUUGCAGUUCCCUUCAGAAUGGGGCAAGAAAUACCAGGCCAGAAGUGGACAGCUGGGGACAGAUUAUGGACUCAAUAUCUAAGAAGGAUUUAAAUCAAGUCCUGAUCUUCUGUGCAAAAGCAGUAGCGGAUAAUGAUCUGUUGAUGGCACAAUGGAUGAUGGAUGAAUUACGCCAGAUGGUUUCGGUUUCUGGGGAACCAAUUCAAAGGUUGGGAGCAUACAUGUUGGAAGGACUAGUUGCGCGUCGAGCAUCCUCAGGGAGCAGCAUCUGUAAAGCAUUGAGAUGCAAAGAACCAGCAAGUUCUGAACUCCUGUCUUACAUGCAUAUUCUUUACGAGGUCUGUCCCUACUUCAAGUUUGGGUAUAUGUCUGCAAAUGGAGCCAUUGCGGAAGCCAUGAAGGAUGAAGAUAAAGUCCACAUCAUUGAUUUUCAAAUUGGUCAGGGGAGUCAGUGGUUGACUUUAAUCCAGGCUUUUGCAGCAAGACCUGGAGGACCACCCCAUAUUCGAAUAACCGGGAUUGAUGAUUCGACGUCAGCUUAUGCACGAGGUGGAGGACUCAAUAUUGUGGGAAAGAGGCUAUCUAAGCUUGCAGAGAUGUUUAAGGUGCCAUUUGAGUUCCAUGCUGCUGCUAUCUCUGGUUGUGAUGUUCAGCUGGAGAAUCUUGGGGUUAGACCAGGGGAGGCUUUGGCUAUGAACUUUGCAUUCAUGCUGCAUCACAUGCCAGAUGAGAGCGUCAGCACUCAGAAUCACCGUGAUCGGCUACUGAGGUUGGUUAAGAGCUUGUCUCCAAAAGUUGUGACCCUGGUUGAGCAAGAAUCAAACACAAACACUGCUGCAUUUUUUCCGAGGUUUGUAGAAACACUAAAUUACUACACGGCUAUGUUUGAGUCAAUAGAUGUAACUCUUCCGAGGGAUCACAAGGAGAGGAUCAAUGUUGAGCAACAUUGCUUGGCCAAGGAAGUUGUGAACAUAAUAGCAUGCGAGGGAAUUGAGAGGGUGGAAAGACAUGAGCUUCUCGGGAAGUGGAGGUCGCGGUUUGCAAUGGCAGGAUUUACUCCAUACCCUUUAAGUUCCUUGGUAAAUGCAACCAUCAAGACACUGCUCAAGAACUACUCAGACAAGUAUAGGCUUCAAGAGAGAGAUGGUGCGCUCUAUCUCGGCUGGAAGAACAGAGAUUUGGUUGCUUCUUGUGCAUGGAAGUGCAAACCUGGCACCAAUUAGUGCUUCCUUCUUGGAAUGCGACAAGGCAAGCUUAGAAGUUAGAACAGAGCAUGUUUUUCUCUUCUGCUUUUGAACUUUUGUUAGCUGCUAACUGCUUAUAAGGGUACCAUCGGCUGUGUACACUUCAUAAACUGGAGCUAGCCAUUCUCUUCGAGGCCAUGAACCUCUGUGGUUCGACUGGUUGUGGGAGAACUGAUUUCAGGCGUUUGUACAUGGUUGUUGAGAAACUGGCACCCAUGCUUUUUCCUUGUCCCCUUCUUUUUGGAAGGAGUUUAUUUGAAAACCAAUAAACAAAGUGAAUUCAAAUUGAUUGGGUUGGUCCUUUUCAAAAAAAAAUUCUCAAU